CUGUCAAUGAGUGUUUUCCAGUUGAUGCUUACAUUGCAGAUACACAAAAUAAUUGGUCCAUUACUGACAAGGUACACAGAAAGUGGAAAGACAUGUACAACGAAUCUACAAAACCUGAAGGUAACUGGUGUGUGGAAAAAGCAUCUGAAUGCAAAACAUGUGACAAGUGUUUUACACAAAAGGAACAUCCACAAGUACAUGAAAGAUGCCACACUGGAGAGAGACCAUACCACUGCAAAACUUGUGACAAAUGGUUGAUUCAAAAAAGACAUCUACAAGUCCAUGAGAAAAACCACACUGUAGUGAAGCCAUACCAGUGCAAAUCUUGUGACAAGAGGUUUACUCAGAAAGGAAAUCUAGAAGCACAUGAGAGAUUCCACACUGGAGAAAAGCCAUACCAGUGCAAAACAUGUGACAAGUGGUUUACACUAAAAGGAAAUCUACGAGUACACGAAAGAACCCACUCUGGAGAGAAGCCAUACCAGUGCAACUCUUGUGACAAGCGGUUUGCUCAUAAAGGAAAUCUAACAGUACAUGAAAGAACCCACACAGGAGAGAAGCCAUACCAGUGUAAAACAUGUGAUAAGUCGUUUAAUCUAAGAAGAGAUUUACGAGUCCAUGAGAGAUUCCACACUGGAGAGAAGCCACACCAGUGUAAAAAUUGUGACAAGUGUUUUACUCGAAAAGAAAUUCUAAAAUUACAUGAAAGAUCACACACUGGAGUGAAGCCAUACAAGUGUAAAACGUGUGACAGGCGUUUUGCUCGAAACGGAAAUCUUCAAGUCCAUGAAAGAACUCACACUGGAGAGAAGCCAUACCAGUGCAAAACUUGUGACAAGUGGUUUACUCAAAAGAGAAACCUAAAGGUGCAUGAAAGAUCCCACACGGGAGAGAAGCCAUACCAGUGCAAAACUUGUGACAAGUGGUUUUCACGAAAAGGAAAUCUAACAGUACAUGAAAGAUCCCACACUGGAGAGAAGCCAUUCCAGUGCAAAACAUGUGACAUGUGGUUUGCUCAAAAAAGAGACGUACAGGUGCAUGAAAGAUCCCACACUGGAGAGAAGCCAUACCAGUGCAAAACUUGUGACAAGAGGUUUGCUCAAAAAGGAAAUCUAACAGUACAUGAAAGAUCCCACACUGGAGAGAAGCCAUUCCAGUGCAAAACAUGUGACAUGUGGUUUAGUCAUAAAACAACUCUGAGAGUACAUGAAAGAUCCCACACUGGAGAGAAGCCAUACCAGUGCAAAGCUUGUGACAAGUGGUUCACUCGAAAAGGAAACCUAAAAGUACAUGAAAGAUGCCACAUUGGAGAGAAGCCAUACCAGUGCAAAACAUGUGACAAGUGGUUUACGCAAAAGGCAAGUCUACUGAUACACAAAAGAACCCACGUAGGAGAGAAGCCAAAUCAGUGUCAAUCUCGUGACAAGUUGUGUACCAAUAAUACUGAUACACAAACCCAUGAAAGAUCGCACACAGGAGAGAAGCCAUACCAGUGCAAAACGUGUGAGAGGUGUUUUACUCGAAAGGGAAGUCUACGAAAACAUGAAAGACUGCACUCUGAAUAGCAACCACAUUCUUCUGAUUUCGAUGAAACAUUCACUCGCUGGAUUUUCCAGGAGGAACUGAACAGUGCUUUCCAGCUCUUUGGCCACUAUAAUCACUAUGAUAAACACAUGAAGUAGAACAGUUUACCGUGUUAUACGCAAGUUGCCUCAAAUCUGCUUGCCUAGCAGAUUUGCUUUUGGCUGAUUCUCUCACACACGUCGGUACGCAUUUACGCAGUAUUAAGUCAGAUUUUUUCACUGUGUAUUAGAGGUACAUACUUUUUUUUUUUAAGAUCUGCUGCCACUUAAAUAUUCUUUGUAUCCCUGUAAAAUUAUCCCUGUCAAUGCCCGCAUUACCCCAUUGAUUUCCCGUCCUGUCCGGUGUCGGAGAAGGGGGAAGGGGGGGAAUCGGAUUAUUUCAGUCGACUUGUGCGUGACUUCGUGGAAAUAUCUUAACUUGUAGAACGCGAAUGUUUGUUGUUUUGGCAAAUGUCAUUGAUUUACGCAUGAAAAAAUUUUAAUGGAAAUAGGUGACUAAGGCAAAGAUGACCAAACAGAACAUACAACGUUGUGUUUUUAACUUAUGUUGUCCUGGGAAAGUUAUGUUCAAUUAUCAAGUUAACUCGCAAAUUGUUUACAAAAGGAAUAUUUUGUAUUGUUUGUAGCAGGAAGGAAAUAGGUGACUAAGGCAAAGAUGACCAAGUAGAACACACCAGGUUGUGUUUUUAACUCGUGCUGUCCUGAGAAAGUUAUGUUCAAUUAUCAAGGUAACUCGCAAAUUGUUUACAAAAGGAAUAUUUUUUAUUGUUUGUAGCAGUAAGAGGAACCGGUUAUCAUUUAUCGCUUUUUUUUUUGGGGGGGGGGGAGGAAUUUUUUUAUACGCAGUUAAUGUUGCUCUUAAGUUCAGAUUUCGUUAUGAACACACUAUGACUCGAUAGACAGCUGUGAUUUUCUCUCCUUGUCACCUGUCGAAUGGUAACAAUGCUGAUGAACUAACUCUUGUAAAUCAAGGGGAACGGGGGGGGGAGGUCUGGAGGAAUUUAGUUAUGUUAAGAAUGAAUAUACCUGACUCCCAUCAAAAAGGCCCUAUGAGUUUUUUAUGACUUCCCCCUGCUACUUUGGCAGUUAAUUGAUAAUUGUCAGGCAAUUUUUUAUAGUCCCUAGUUUAUUCUCUAUUUGGGAUGACUGAUCCCUUUCCAUCCCCCCUGAAAACCAUGUGAUCUUCCCAACGAAAAUCAUCCGCAAACCCCGUCCCUUCCCCCAACGCGAUAAGUAAUGACUGGUACCCAAGAGAAUGAGAUAAUAGUCGGACAGUAUGAAAAGUAAUCAUCGAAAAUGUGAAUUUAAUUAGAAAACCCGAUGCAACCUUCCGUAGUUUUAACUUGAUUUAACAAAUUAUCGUUAUUGCAUCGGCGUUCUGAUUUUCGCUUUACAAUAUUAUAUUUCAAUUUAUUUUUAUUUUUAUGGCUAAUGCAUGCUAUGGAUGUAAGGCCACUACGUUAUCGAGAUGUAAAAGUGAUUGUAACAAUAAAAUUUCGAACUUCCGAA